AUGACCCAGACCCUCAACAAAAGGGAAGACCCUCUUAACCUGGGCGGCGGCUGGUCAUCCUCUGCCCCGUUUCGCACCUGGUCUUCCAGCCACCGAAGGCGCAGGGGCGCUCCGACUUACAGGCGGCGGCCCCGCUAUGGCCCCAACGCCGCGUUUGAGCCCCGGAGGAAACAGCCGAAGCAACAGCACGGCCAGGGCCCAUGGUUCCAACCACCCCGAAGUCCCUACAGGGCCGUGCACUCUAACCGGCGGCGCUGGGGAGGGCCCUGGCGCCCUCCUCGGGCGGGAUGCUGGAAGCACCCCGGCCGGAUGCAAGUGAUCCGAGUGUGUGGCAUGCACCCGCUGUGCCUUUGCUGCUGCUCCUGCUGGCAAGAGCCCUGGAACCCCGGCUGGACGAGACCCCCUGGCAGGAAGAAGCGCUGGGGCCGCAGGGGCCGCGGCCUGCGCCGCCACCCUCGCCGUUCCUUCCCCAGAAACCCGCCCGUGGAUGUGAGCACGCUGCUGCGGCCGGUCAACCUGUACGGGUGGCGGGCGCCCGGCAUGCGUGCGCCGCGCAACACCACCCAGUUCAUCAUGAACCAGGUCUACGAGGACAUGCGGCAGCAAGAGAAGCAGGAGCGCCAGCAGGAGGCGCUGCGGGCACAGCGGGCCCAGGCAGGUGGCCCCGCCUCCCCGGCGGGCUCCGCCUCCGGAAAUGACGCGCAGCCCGCUGGUGGGGAGGAAGACGCCGAGCUUCCGGAAUGUUUGUUUAGCUGUGUGCGGAACACCUCUCUCAGCUUCAGUCCUGUCCCCCAGGCGGAAAACCAGUCUCCCGCCCAACAGCUGGUGGAGAAGGAGGAGAGAAAUGAUGAGUUGCUAUCGAUCUUCCUCAGAAGAACAUGAAGUUGCUUCUGUGGAACUGUUUAUCUGCCAUGGCCUCAACAAUCCAUAAAUCCAUGCAUGGAGAGGAUUCCCCAUGGUCAGAAGUCAACUUGCACAUCUAGUUAAAAUCCAAGCAUAUUUCCAGAAGAGGUGGAAUCCCUAGAUGAAGAAUUUGAGCCUGCCUUCUCAAAAAUUACAUCUUUUGACAAACUGUACUUCUAAGUAUAAUCUGAA